CCUAGCAAAGGCCUGAUGUCCGCGUUCGAGCGGGAGCUGCGCCGGCGGGACGGGUCGGGGCCGCUGCGGGUGGCGCAGCGGGCGGCCGCGGGCGGGCCGGGCGGGGUGGUGUGGGACGCGGCGCUGGUGCUGGCCCGCUUCCUCGACAAGAGCGCGGCCCACCAGCAGGCCCCGCCGGGCCGCCGCCUCCGCCUGCCGCUGCGCCGCCGCGCCGUGCUCGAGCUGGGCGCCGGGACGGGCCUCGUGGGCCUCAUGGCCGCCAGCCUCGGGGCAAAUGUUACAGUUACUGAUCUUGAGGAAGUUCAAGAUUUGCUGAAAAUGAACAUUGAGAAUAAUCAGCAUCUGGUCACUGGAUCCAUUCAAGCCAAGGUACUGAAAUGGGGAGAAGAAGUAACAGACUUUCUUCCUGCGCCGGAUUAUAUACUGAUGGCAGAUUGCAUCUACUACGAAGAGUCAUUGGAGCCACUAAUCAAGACUCUGAAAGACCUUUCUCACCCAGAGACCCACAUUCUUUGCUGCUAUGAAGAAAGAACUAUGGGGAAAAACCCAGAAGUGGAGCGGAGAUACUUUGAGCUUCUUCAGAAGGACUUUGAACUGGAAAAAGUUCCCCUGGACAAGCAAGAUGAGGAAUAUCAGAGCGAGGACAUCCUUAUCUUCAUCAUCCGAAGGAAAAGAACGGACGCCACAUCAUGAGGAUGGCACAAAAGAAGCGGCAGCUUAUGAAACAACUGACAGUUCUUUGUGCGGCUCCAACGUGGCAGAAGCGGGUGGAGAAUAAUCUCCUUUGUGGAGUGACUUUGGCCCCCUGUUGCUGUUCUUGAAGGAGUGGCAAUCGUGCACUGGAAGCUGGACCUCUUCGUUCUGGUGAUGUUUCUGCACGGAUGCCGAUCGUAGAAGACAGAAAGACGUGGGAAGCAAAUGGUCAUACAUGUAUACAUCUACAGGGGGCAUGAAGCCCAUCUCGCUCAAUAAUAUGCUUUGUUACAA